ACAGUACAUUCUGCUGCUUAUCCGGGGAUGUCACACCGCUGCUAUUUUCUCCCCUCAGUCCCUCUCACUCUCAGCCUACAGCUCCAGCGGACUGACACUGGGCUUUGGAUAGAAAGAAACGAACAAUAAGAUACAAAAACAGGAGGCCAAAAAAAAUGACAGAGCUCGGAGCGGGAAGCCUGCCGCUGGGAGAUCCUGCUUUUAAUUACCAGGAGCACGAGCUUAACGAGAGGCUGAAGCGGCUUUACCCGGCUGUAAACGAGGAAGAGACCCCUUUACCCCGAUCCUGGAGCCCCAAGGAUAAAUACAGCUACAUUGGGCUGUCACAGAACAACCUACGGGUCCAUUACAAAGGUCAUGGAAAGAACCACAAAGAUGCAGCAUCAGUGCGAGCCACACACCCAAUCCCUGCUGCCUGUGGGAUCUACUACUUUGAAGUCAAGAUUGUCAGCAAAGGUCGAGAUGGAUACAUGGGCAUUGGCCUGUCUGCUCAGGGAGUCAACAUGAACAGACUGCCUGGAUGGGACAAGCACUCAUACGGUUACCAUGGAGAUGACGGACACUCCUUCUGCUCCUCCGGGACCGGCCAACCAUACGGGCCGACAUUCACCACGGGUGAUGUAAUUGGCUGCUGCGUCAACCUCAUUAACAACACUUGCUUUUACACCAAAAAUGGCAUCAGUUUAGGUGUUGCCUUCACAGACCUCCCCCCCAACCUGUACCCCACUGUGGGGCUUCAGACCCCCGGUGAGAUCGUAGAUGCCAACUUUGGCCAGCAGCCAUUUGUCUUCGACAUUGAGGACUACAUGAGCGAAUGGCGGGCCAAGAUCCACGGCAUGAUCGCUCGCUUUCCCAUAGGCGAGCGGCUUGGGGAGUGGCAGGCCGUCCUACAGAAUAUGGUGUCCAGCUACUUGGUGCACCAUGGGUACUGUGCCACUGCAACAGCCUUUGCCAGAGCUACAGAGACCAUGAUACAAGAGGACCAGACAUCUAUAAAGAACAGACAGAGAAUACAGAAGCUAGUGCUGGCAGGGCGGGUUGGUGAGGCCAUAGAAGCAACUCAGCAGCUUUAUCCCAGCCUGUUAGAACGCAACCCUAAUCUACUAUUCAUGUUGAAGUGUCGCCAGUUUGUGGAGAUGGUGAACGGUACAGACAGCGAGGUUCGCUGCUUGACUAUUCGCUCCCCAAAGUCCCAGGACAGUUACCCCGGCUCACCGUGCCUCAGCCCCCAUCACGGAGCCAGCAACACACACCUGCACACCGGAGGUUCAGACAGCCCCACCUGUAGUAACGGGGUGACUCCCCCGAACAAGUCAAAGAGCCACAGCAGCAGCGGCAGCAUCAAAUACCCCAGCGCGUCCUCCUCCGCCUCUUCCUCCUCCUCCUCCUCCCCUUCAUCCAUCAACUACUCUGAGUCCAAUUCCUCCGAUUCCACCAAGAGCCAGCCGCACAGUGCCAACAGCACCCAGGAAACCAGUGACAGUGAGAUGGAGAUCGAAGCAGAGCACUACACCAACGGCGUUGUUGAGGGCUCCUCGGCGCGGAUCAUGAACGGAACAUACAAACAUGAAGAGAUCCUUCAGCCAGACGACAACAGCAUUGGCAAUGGAGUCACAGAUGAGGUUUGUAGUCACAGCAGACAGCUUUGUGGUGGGAACCAAGCAGCCACAGAGAGGAUGAUCCAGUUUGGACGGGAGCUGCAGGCGCUCAACGAACAGCUGUGUCAGGAGUACGGCAAGAAUGCCACGCACAAGAAGAUGCUACAGGAUGCAUUCAGCCUGCUAGCGUACUCAGAUCCCUGGAACUGCCCCGUGGGCCAGCAGUUAGACCCUACGCAGAGAGAGUCACUCUGCUCUGCCCUCAACAGCGCCAUACUGGAGUCUCAAAAUCUGCCUAAACAGCCUCCGCUGAUGCUAGCGCUCGGUCAGGCCACGGAGUGUGUUCAGCUCAUGGCCCGUGUCCGGUCCGGUUCCUGCUCCUUCGCCAGAGUAGACAACUUUUUGCACUAGCCCAGGUCCAGGUUAUUGUUAAGUAGCACUGAGAGAAGACAUGUCCAGCAGGUAGUUGUCAUGGCAACGGAGGAAGGAGCGUUGGUGCAUUUGGCUGUCCAUCAGACCGAGCCAGCAGCACAGGCAAGAGAGGCAGAGGAGAGAGAGAAAAGAAAGGUUCCUUUUAAUUUAGUAUUAUAAAAUAAAUAAAUGUGUGACACUAUUUAAAGAUAAUUAUUAUUCUGUUCAUCUAGCCUUUUUUUUUCUUUUGUUUUUUAGUUCUUUUGUGUCAGUUUGUUGUGCUCAUCCUGGAACAAAGAAAUUGUAAACCUCCUUCUGAUUCUUCACUUCUGUUUUAACGGGUGGAUUUCUUCUCCCUGCUGUCAGUAUUGUUGUUCUUGUUCACCAUAUCACAGACCACAAUACCCAAAAGCUGGUUUCCACAGUCAUCGUGACACCUGUAGGCCUUUUUUUUUUUUUUUUUUCCAAUUAGACACGGUGUAUCUUGAAAUACAGAAGGGUUCGAACUCGUCAUGAAAAUAAUUCCAGAAAGUCAAAGAAAAUCAAAAUUCACUGGAUAAAGCUUCCAAGUCAUACUCUAAUAUGUCUGUGCGAGCUAGCAAUUUUUUACCCAAAGAAUAGGAGACUUCCUUAAAACUUUACCCAUGUAAAAGAAAAAAAACAUAAUUGAAGGUCCUCUGUAGCUGCGAACGCUGCCGGGAGAGAGGGUGAUGACAAGAGACUACAGUGGAAUAUUAGAGGUGUUGGAGCCUUGAUUUAACCGUAACAACCACAACGUCAACCAAUCAGGGAUGUGGUUGCAGGUGGCAGAGCUCGGCAAGAGCUGCACCGACAACAUCCGCCUUCAGGACCAAGUCUUACACUAUUUUAAUGGCCACCUUGAUGCCAGUAUUGAGGAAAUCAGUAUCAAACUCAGCUUAACAAGCACUGUGUGUGUGUGCGUGCGUGCGUGUGUGUUCAGGGCACUCCCCCUGAGAUUUAAUUACUGCUGCCCUUUUUCUUCUUCGCCAUCCUCCGCAGCCUGACCUGCUGUGUGCAUGUGCUGUUGCAAACACUGUUUCAGAAAAAAAGGAAAACCAUCUUCCGAACACAUAUGUGUAGUUUUUUAGGGAGCACUGUGUGAUCUUUCGUUUUGAUUUUAAAGAUUGUGAAAACCAGUUCUGGUUGUUGGGAAAGUUUCUCUCUUUUUGCCUUACACAGAGCCCUUUAGGUUUGUAAAACAAAUUAGUCCCAGAGUUCUUUUCAAUAUGUACAAUAACAUGAUGGUAAAACAGUCAUUUUACCCUUCAGGCUAGCUGCUGGCCACAAUGAGAUUUACGUACAAGUAAAGACAGUGCUCAGGUCUGCUACUUCCUGUUUUGGUGUCAGGUUAUACCUGCCAACAGUCCUGUUUUUACAACAUUUCCCUCAUACUUAAAGCUGCAUAAUAAGUUUGCUUUGUUUGUCUGAGUAUUCUUAGUUGACUGUCUCUCAAUUACUAUCUACAUGCAGUCCACAUACUACACAUAAUAUCAGCCAAAACAGAUUCAAGGUGUGUCUGUGCAACAGCUCCCUGCAGAGGCAGGAUUCCUGUGUUAGCUGUUGCUCCUUUAAUGCUUUACCCGUCGACAGAGACGAGAGCACCACUUUAAAACACGCUUAAAGAAUAACAACCAGGAUGUGUGUGACAGGUAAAUGCAGUCAAUAUUAGUGCAGUAGUACAAACACUGCAGAUUGAAAUAGAACAUUAGGGUAAGAAGUUUCGUAGAGCAACAAGCCAUGAUCCGAAGUAGACAGUGGUAGCUGUCAUACAGUGCAUGACAUCAACAAAUCUCUGGGUGUUCGAGACCAAAAUGUUUGUACUGAGUCAGAUCAGUACGAACAGAAGUACGAAAUACCGCUUCCAGACACUUCUCACUUGGCUUGAUAUUAAAAUUAAUUAAUGAGAUAUUACGACUUUGAAUUACUCAGUUUUACACGGUCAGUUCACAGUUUUCAUGACAGCUUCGGCACCCUCAGACCUUUUUCCACAGCAGAGACUCUGGGUUAUUGUGAGAUAAACACAGAUGUAAUUUGUAGGAAAACAAAUUAAACCAUUCAGGCAAGGCUCCAUUUUUGUGUGUAAUAGAACUGAGCCAUCAUUAAAACUUGGUCCAAAAGUAACUUUUCUCAUGACAACUUAAAAUAUCUGCUUGGACGAAAAAGGCCUGUUAGGCUUCACUAAUAUCAUCCAGUAAGUUUUGGUUAGUAAAAAACUAGCUAAAGCACUAACUAGCUGUACCUCACCACCUACAUGUUAGAGAAGCCAUCUUUAUUUUGUCUGCUAAGGACUUUGUUUGAAACUACGCAGCUAAAACAAACUAAUUCACUAACUGGUGGCUGACGAGGUUGAUUCUUUUGAAUCAGCCAAUCAUUUUGCUGCUCCUCAGAAACACACUGUACAGUAACUAGCCUUUGUUUUAGCAAGACCACAUGCUACCUGGCUACACGGCCAGCUGGCUCAGCUGCUUUUAAGCUCACAUAGCCGAAUAGCACAAAGCGUUAUUUCUAAAAAUGUUUCUUAAAUGUUUGCAAAAAAAAAGACCAAAAAGCCACUGUGUUCCUUUCUGUAACACACAUGAGCUAACGUGUUAGUGGGCCUGGGUGAAGUUCAGUCGUUUAUGCUUUAAUGGCUCUUUUUUGGCUUCAUUUUUAUUUUACAGGAGCCACACUUGAGUUAGAAUAUAUUUGGAGGUAACACUGAUAUUUUUUUCUUUCUUUAGUAUUUGGAAAAGCUAAAAUGGAAAUCAUGAAGGGAUUUCACAGGAACUAUUAAACAUGUGGAUUCAAAGCUUUUUGUUUUCAUCAACUCAACUUUCUCAGGUUGAUACUGUUUCUACACAACAAAAAUGGCAGCCAGUCACAAUAGAAUAAAACAUUAAUUGAGUAACUAACCUGCUGAUUACUUUCACAAUGUUAGCUCUGUAAAGUUGGCUCACGCUGCAGCAUUAUUCACUUCAUUUUUAGUUUUGCGUUUCAAAAGAGAAGACUUUUGUCCUGUGUGUCGGAAGCAUUAAGUUUAACUACCACCCCAGUCACAUAUGUCUCAUUAUUUGGUUUUAAUGAUAAACAUGUUUUCCUCUGUAAACAUAUGAAAUGAUUUCUUUUCUACAAAGUGGACGGAUAUCGACGAAACACUGUCUUUCUGUCUGCUUUGUCGUGACCUGGGGAGCGUCAUGCUGUUCUACCCUGAAGUGUGUAUUUCUAUUCAUAAGAGAUUUUCCGUCUAGGUUAUGUGGUCAAACCUUUUUAGCUGGUGUUUUGUUUUUGUUUUUCUAAACACCUUCUGCUAAUGUAGGAUUUAUUCUAAUAACUACACAUACAGACACACCCACAGCAUCUGCCUCUGCAGCUGUACAGGACUUCUGUUACACACUAUUGAAAGAGAAACCUCUGUUACACACCUGUAGGGGGAGAAAAAAAAAUCUCGCUGCUGUCCUGUUGUUUUUGGACUUGGGCUGCAUCUCAGCGGUGUUACUACACAGCUUUCCCCCAUUAUCCCCAUUAUCCAGCCACUGACAUGCUCAGUGACCGUUAGAAGGAAAGGAGACGUGAGCAGUUGUAGAAACGAGCCCGAGGCCUCUGAGGCUUCCCGAGAGGCCGGAGAAACUGAUUUAGGCGCCGCAGACAAGCUGUGCACAGUUGACUUCUAUCAUGAUUUUGGUUUCAGAUUUUGACUUUUGAGUUUUAGGAAAAAAAAUAAAAAUGUUUUAAAAAUGUGAAAUGAGUUACCCUCUACUUAGCAUGACUUGUAAAACCUUUAAAACAAUAUAAAAAAAAGGAAAAAUGAUAAUUACAAAAAAAAACGAUGUACUGGAACUAUGUUAAAAAAAAGAAAUAUGUUUUCUGUUUAAUUUUGACAGAAUUAUUUUUAUUAAAAUACAUC